AUCUGUUGCUGCCAUAGAAUCUUUCUGUGCCGAGCAGACUGGACUGCUAAACCAUCUCAAUCUCCCUAGAAGCUCCCCUUCGCGCCGUCAAAGGCUAGGUCAGGAUGGCACCUCAGACCGAUCCCAACGCGGAGCCGCCGUUGCUGCCUCAUCAGACGGCGGCCUAUCUGGCUGCGAACAAGGCCCCGUCUAUCGUAGCGGUAACUGUCACACUCUCGGCCGUGAGCACAAUCUUUGUUGCCGCCCGAAUCUUCACGAGGCAGAAGAUCAUGGGCAAGAUGCAUCUCGACGACUGGCUUGUGGCGCCGUCUCUUCUCUUCUUGUGGACGUGCGUGGUGAUGGCUAUUGUAGCAACACAGAACGGGAACGGCAAACACUUCGACACCCUCAGUCUCAACGAUAAGCAAGGUUCCAUCUUCUGGACGAUUCUCGGAUUUCCCUUUGGUAUUGUGGCCUUUGGCAUACCUAAGCUGGCUGUGGUCGCGCUACUCCAGCGCCUAUUGAUUCCCAGCAAGUGGCACCGCAUCUUCCUCUGGGCGUUGUCGAUACUCUGUGUGGCUGCUCUGCUCGGGUGCGUGGUCAUCCUAUAUGCCCAGUGUUCGCCUGCAGAGUCGUUGUGGAAUUUUAGUAUUACCGACAAGACUUGCAUUGACAAGUGGGUUCUCGUGGACUAUGCCAUCUUUGCUGGAGGAUUCUCCGCCGUGACCGAUCUAUACCUCGCCGUGUAUCCCGCUGUUGUGCUCUGGAAGCUGCAGAUCAACAUCCGAAAGAAGAUUGCGCUAUGUGUGGCCCUGGGCAUCGGGUCAAUUGCUACCGUUGUUGCCAUUUACAAGUGCACGCGUCUGCCAUCGCUAGCCAGCGCCGACUUCUCGUAUGACACGUCGGAUCUUGUUGUCUGGACUGUCGUCGAGGCCGCCACCAUCAUCAUCGCUUGCUGUAUUCCGGUCCUGCAGCCACUGGUCGAUCUACUCUUCGGCCGUCGCACCUUGAAUGGGUCAUCGGGAUACCAGAACUACGGCUCCUCGAGUCAUGGUCGUAUGAAAAGCGACAUGGAACUGGACGACAGCCGUCGAGACCGCAGCGAGAAUCAGAGCCACAUGGGCACCAAGCACACAGUCGGCUCAAGAAUUCGCGAUGCUGAUGUGGAUUCUCAAGAGAGCAUUCUUCGGGAUGAUGACGUGAACACGAACAGACGAGGCCACGGUUGGCGAAAAAAGGAGCGCGAUGGUCGCAUCGUAAGGACUGAUGUCGUGACUAUCACGUACGAUCAAGGGGACGAUGAUUCAAGGUAGACGGCGCCUACUGAUGAUCAACCCGACUGAUCUAGGGUGUGGUGCUAUUUUUUUAG